UCGACAUUUCAGAGGCUGAACGCUUUGCUGCUGGCUCUUCAGCAGGAUGAAGCUGAAGCUCCUCUUCCUCCUCAGCUGCUUCUACCCAGUUUUUCAGUUUUUACCCGACGAAGAUCUGACAGCAGGCGGGAAUGAAACGGAGAAGCAGCAGAACUUCAGCAGUGACCCCUACGUUCACCACCUCGCUGCAUGGACUCUCCGAGUGUCUGGGAACAGGAGCAGUGACCUGGUUCCGCUGCCAUCAGAGUUGGUGGAUGUGUUGGCUGAACACAUCUGUGAAGAUCUUACCUGUGGAGGUGUUUAUCACGUGACCAAAAGCAGCUCACCCUCCGGCACCAGCGGCUUUCACGGCUGUCAGUACCAAAACCAACAUUUGCAGAACUGCUCAGAGACGGUGGGGACCAACUGCUCCGUGCUCUCUGAGGUGGUCUGUGCUCAGCAGCCUGUGCGUCUGUCUGGAGGUUGGGACCGCUGCUCUAGGCGAGUGGAGGUCUGGAGGGAUGGGACUUGGGGGACGGUGUGUGAUGACCUUUGGGACCUGAGGGAUGCUGAGGUGGUUUGUGCCCAGCUCAGCUGUGGCUACACCCUCAGCGUGACGGGUCAGAAUGGCCAGUUUCCCCCCGGCAGCGGACCUGUUUACCUGGAUGAGCUGAACUGUACCGGCUCAGAGGACAACCUGUGGGCCUGUCCGUCCACACCUGACCAGUCAGACUGUGGACACAAAGAGGAUGCUGGUGUGGUGUGUUCAGAGAUGAGGGCCAUCAGACUGACUGGGGGUCUGGACCGAUGUUCUGGUACAGUGGAGGUCCAUCGUAACGGCAGCUGGGGGACAUUCUGUGAUAACUGCUGGAAUGUAAAGAUGGCGUCCAUGGUGUGCUCCAUGCUGGAGUGUGGCGUAGAGCCUCUGAACUUCACAGCAUUUAAUCCUCCUCUGGCUGCGGACCGCGGCGCUGCGUCGUACUACUAUCACUGUACCUCCUAUAACCUGAGUCUGUGGGAGUGCGAGGAGAUGAUCAAUCAUGCGUUUCUGUGCGACUUGUCCAAACCCUCCGGACUCAUCUGCAAUGGUUCCCUCGGGUUGGCUCGAGCCACCACAGCUAGUCCAACCCUGGUCACUAACUGGACAACUGCUGUAACGAUCUUAUCAACUGCUGCCGGUGCUGCUUCACCAAAACCAUCUCCAGAACUUCUAAGCACCAUCGCUUUGGCUCUUCUUCUCCUUGUGGUCCUGGUCAUAAACACAGUGCUCUGCUGCCUCUACAGGAAGCGACAUGGUGAGAGCAGGAGUGUGUCUCAUUUUUCCAUCCAUUAUCAUCCGGUUAUCCGGAGUCGGGUCACGGGGGCAGCAGCCUAA